UCAUUCAAGUAAGACAGUAGAUUAGAUUCAUUAAUUUUGUUGUUUUUUUUUGCUUUAUGUGAAAUGCGUAAAAUGACAUCGUCAUUACUCACCAUCAGUUUACUAGCUGUGUGCCUAACGCUAGUCUGCACUAAUUCACCGGAAGCAACCGCUGCGGAUGGUCUCAAUGGAACUUUGGAAAGUCCAUCGGCACAGCUAAAGCCAUUGGAUCAGGUUGCUGGAACGAAUCUGUUUUACAAUUUACCGUACCGAUGGCUCGACGACACGAAGCCCGGCUGUUUUGUGACUUGGUUUUGGGAAGUAUUUCAGGACACUCCUGACGAUAAGAACAGAGGAGUUAGUCUUGCGUGUAACAACGACGAUCAGAAAUGGUACAACAAUACGAAUUCUGAGUGGAUUAUUGAAAAACCAAAACCGAAUGAGAAGACGACCAACGGAAACAUUGCAAUCAGGAAUAUUGGAUCGGGAUACACGCUCGAACGUUUGCAUAGUGCUGGCACGCUAUGGGUAGCUGUGGACGAUUUUGCUUUUAGAAUAAAACGUUUCAGGCAACCGUUUUCUGAUGGUGAAGAAAUGCCCGACGUUCACACAUGGAAUAUUCUGGCCGAUCCGAAAAAUAAGAAUCGCGUGCAACUUGAAAUUGACGGUUACACAUUGGCCCAACACGAACUUUCCAAUCAUCGUGCGUAUCUGUGGGUGAAACCUGGUUUCGACGCAGGUUAUCCAUACACAUUUGUCCCUACCAUCGCAAUGGAAUUGCACAUGGACGAUUUUCAGUUUGUUCGACCAAUUGCAGACGAACUGGCCAAGCAUACAAGUCAAAAGGCGCUGAUGGACGAAUACACGAUAAACAACCCCAGUACGGCAAGUGUAAGGCGAACGGUUGAAGUGUCGCAGACAGUGAGAAAUGAGUUUUCCUGGGGUCUGUCGCAGUCAAUAAAAAACGCUUUGAAGGUCAAGGGCAAAGUGGGAAUACCAUUUCUGGCUGAAGGUGAAAUUGAGAACACUUUCGAAGUGGGAUUUGGUGCGAACGAAAAUUGGAAAAGUGGCGAAGACAAAACGUUCAAAAUGUCCUAUGAGGUCAGUGUACCGCCAAACAGUACGGUAAAAAUAUCGGCGUGGUACGACCACAUAAAAGAUCUGCGUAUGGAUUACACAGCGAGAGCCGUAAUUACCGGCAAGACGCAAAGGAUAACCGUAUUCGAAGAUAUUGUUCAAGAUGUGCCAGCUACUGGCGACAUGAUCCGGAAACAACUUGAGAGUUCGGGCUUUGAUGGAACGAUUCUUGAAAUCAAAAACGAUCGUGUUAUUGUACGAGUUAAGGGUUCGAUGGUGGCUACAGUUGGCGUUCGCGGUCGAUUGAAUGUGAAUAACGACACUGUAGCCAGAUCGGAGCCAGAGUAACAUAUCUACAACGAAAAAAUUUAUAAAUU